UCACCUGCAGACACACACCGGCUUCAAGCCGGUCAAGUGCACUAUAUGCAAUACUCCGUUGUCUGCCAAGCAGUCUCUUGCGCAGCACAUGAGGAUCCAUACUGGAGAAAAGCCCUGGAGCUGCAAGUUUCCCGGUUGCAAAGCAUCGUUCAAGCAGCAGAGUGCAUUGAGUAAGUGAAACCAAUAUCUCUGGGUCCACACAAUUUCUAACUGUGUUCUAGCGAUGCACUCGAGAACCCACACAGGCGAAAAGCCACUCAAGUGCGAGGUUUGUGGCAAGGCGUUUGGUGAAUCGUCCAAUUUGUCGAAACACAGAAAGACGCACAAUGUCAAGGGUGCCUUUAAGUGUGAUUUUUGUGACAAGGACUUCCACAGACUGGACCAGAAACGCAGACAUGAGAAGAUUCACCGGAAGGUCGCGGUUGCGCUCAAGGCUGAUAAUCCUACCCCGUCUAUCAAGAAGACACAGGGUGGUCGAGUUACAAAGGCAGGAGAUCGAAGAAACAGUAAGUGAUCAACUUGGACAAGGUUGAUUACUUCAUUGUAGGUUUGUGGUUCACGGGAGGCAUUUUCACACUACGGAUGGCUUUUUU